AUGUGCCAAUAUUCUACAACAUCACAUGACACCACCAUUGGAUUCGAUGGUGACACAUCAUCAAUCUCAGAUGAGUCUCUCACAACGACCUUUGAAACAUCAUUCAAUUCAGUUGAACAAGAUGAAUGUCCAUCUAGCUUGGAAUCAACAACUGUCACCGAAAGAUCUACUAGGAGAAAACUUCAGGCCGGAGGCUCCAACAGCAUCAAGUUUGAGCUCAGAAUUCAUUCAACAAAUCCUAUGACUUGGGUUGAUUCAACCGAAACAGAAUCUACAUUCUUGACAACUUUUAAUUCCGAAAUUGAAGCAUUUGGAGUCUCAGCGCUUCAGGUGGAAGAUCAUCCAGCACCAACAAAUGCACCUACAGCCAGUCCAACAACAACCAUACCUACCACAUCCACACCCACUGUUGCAAUAGACCAGCCCAGUAUGACUCCCACCACUCUGAUUUCCACCACGGAUAGCCCCAGCACGUUGAGCCCGAGCACUGAUGGUCCAACAACGGAUAGCCCCAGUACAGCGAGCCCAAGCACUGCAGGCCCCACUACGCUUUCGCCCAGCACGGCUGUCCCCAGUACGGGGAUGCCACAACCCUGUCGCCAAGCACAGCGGGCCCCAGCACCGGCGGUCCAACCACGACUAGUCCCAGCACCACAGACCAACCACCUUGUCGCCCCACGGUGA